GAGCAUUACUGCAAAAAGCAAAACAAUAUGUGUUUUUUUCCCUUACCGGCGGCUGUCCUGAGUCCCUGGUUAUAGAAAGAAAACGGAGCAAAGAAGUAUUACAGGAGCUAAGAAGUCGAGCAAAGAAUCUAUUAAAUGUAUUUUUUCUUCGUCUUUUUUGUUAAUAUAAUAAUAGCUCUUCGGUAGCUCUCAACUUACUAUAGCCCCGGCUAUCGUCCCAACAGAUCAUGAAUUCCAAACGUCUUCCCAAGAGAUCUGUGGUAGGAAUCAAGGUCUGCACCUCCUCGGGUGUAACCGGUAACAUCCAGGUUGGAGAUGAUAACAAAAAUGUUAAACCCUAUCCCGCCGGGAUCGUCGGGGUAAUACAAGCAUGCAAGAGCGAUUCUUCUGCAGGAAGCUGUGCGCACACGCUGCUGGUGGACGAUGGCACUUCGAAAGAGUAUCUCAGCGACGAAAUCAUUUUGAACGGGAAUGAUUUUAAAACGGCAGGGAAAGAAAAACACACUAACAGUUCGAAGAAGAUACCUCAGAACAGCAGUGGAGAAGAGUUAUUUCAAGAGUCGGAGCUAAAUGAUACCCCACAGAAAAGUCAAAUCCACCCUCACGUUCUAAAUGGCAGAAAGGUUGAAGAUCUGACACUUUUUGGAGGCAAAUCCUGUUUGAGGAGAGUGGAAGAUACAAAGAAAGAUUCGCUUUCACUACAUCAGAACCGCCUUCAGAGUUCAUCAUACAUUCCUGUUCCUAAGCACAGGGCACCAGCUGGGCAUGCUGAUAUGGAGGUGAUGGCAGCCACUAUCUUGACCAGCCUUUCUAGCAGUCCUUUAGUCCUAAGUCCUCCCUCAGGAACCCCUGCAACAGACCCUUGCAUUCGUGGGUGGAAGGAGGCCCUGUCUGCUAGCUAUAGCAGCUCCACAAGUGGAAACUGGAGCUGGGACACAAGUGAUCACUCUGUUCCAUCCACACCAUCUCCUCCACUCUCCAAUGAUGUCAACAAGAAUUACAUGUUGUCGUGUCAAUCUGAUGACAAUAUUGAUGAAUCGGAGACCACACACUUUCUCUUUGAGGAUCCAAUCCCCAGGAAAAGAAAGAAUUCCAUGAAAGUAAUGUUCAAAUGCUUAUGGAAGAACUGUGAAAAGGUCCUCAGCACAUCUUCAGGGAUUCAGAGACAUAUUCGAACUAUCCAUCUUGGGCGAAAUGGCGACUCGGACUACAGUGAUGGGGAAGAGGAUUUCUAUUACUCAGAGAUUGAGGUGAACAUGGAUUCGCUCUCUGAAGGUCUCUCCAGCCUAACACCUACGUCCCCCACCACCACAGCACCUCCACCUGUGUUCCCAGUCCAUGAGUUCCCUCUUUCAGAACCAAUACUGGCCAAGACUUUGGAUGGCAACUCCAUGACCCCUCUGAGUCAGUCUGCACCCUCCAAUCUGUGCCAUAUCCGUACUGACCAUGCCUACCAGGCUACAAACCCAAUGAGUAUCCCUGUGUCCUCCAAAUUUGCACCUAAUGAGAAUGGAAUCAGCAUAUCCUGGCAGUCACCUCCUGUGAUUUUUAAAGGCUCACCGGGUGUUGUGACACAGAUGAGGACUGUCAACAUAGCUGAGAAAAGACAGCCUGUCCCACACACUACUGUCACCAAGACAUCUGCAACACUCUCCUCUGCUCCCAAAACAGCCACAGGAGUUAGGAAACCUCGUGGAGAAGCCAAAAAAUGCCGGAAGGUAUAUGGGAUGGAGAAAAAAGAGUUGUGGUGUACAGCCUGCCGGUGGAAAAAAGCCUGUCAACGAUUUAUUGACUGAAAUUGGUGCUUUCUGAAGUUCCUUGAUGACAGACUUUGGCCCUACAAACUGGUAUUAAUAAAGUCAGACUCGUACAGAGACAGUAUGCCUUUUCUUAAAACCACCUUUUUUGGAGUGUUUGGUGGUAGAAUGAAGACGGGCCUCUACUUUGUACAGUGUAUAAUCUCAUGGCUUUGGUUGGUUUUCUAAAAGGAAAAAGAAAUACUCUUCCAUCUUCUCUGUUAUUUGGGGGAAAAAAAACUAACCAAAAAACACAUACGUUCAAUGAAAAUGGGAAAAAAAAAUGCAGAAAAAACUUUAUAUUGGUUUGGGCAGCAGUGAAUUUUUUAAUUGAGAAAACAAAUGGAUGUUAUUAAACAGAGGAAGAAUUGAACUGCUUCUUAAAUUUUCAAAACCUUUUUAUCGUUUCUAGUUUUUCAGGUCUUAACUGAGACUUUUUUAUGCAUCUAGCAGCAGCUGCUUACGUAAUAUAUUUUUCUUGUUGAUCUUCAUUAUUUUUCUGACCUGUUUGUUUAGGAAGCUUUUGAAGAAUUGCUUUGUUUGUAGGAGAGCUUAUUGGAUUUAUUUUUUUUAACUGCAGAUUGGUGAAAUUAACCAAUUAAACCCUGUACUUUUUAGAGGACAAUAUUCUAAUACUUCUUCAGUCUUUACCAGAAAAGAAAAAACAAACAUAAAAAAGAAGUCUGCCGUCACAAAUCUAUAUUUCUUAGCUUCUCUUGCACUUCUUUGGAGGUUUCUGCACUAUUGUACAUAUCAGAUAAAUUGUCAUUUUUUUCACUUUCCACAUUUAAUUCACGAAAUUUAAGCUUUAUAGCCAAUAAGUAUUUACUUUGUUUUUUGGGAAGCAGGCAAACCCAAUUUUAGGUUUGAUUUCACUAACUUUUCAUCAUAUUCUAAAAUUUAGAAACUGUACCCAGUAAUUCUAAUUCUAUAUAUAUAUAAGCUUAGAAGAGCUAAAUUAAAUUCUCAGGAACGACCAUUUUAUGUGUUAAUAGCAUUUAACAAACAUUUAAUUUCCCACUUAAUCAUUAAUAUUACAAUUCAAUUAUUCUAAAGGCAUGUAAUUUAUGCAAAGGGGAGAUUACAUAAAUGUUUAGUCAUCUAUCGGCUAUGUGUUCUUUAUUGCUAAAUGGUUCAGGUUCUUGAGUUUUAUUGAUUUAGCAAUCUAGAAAAAGUAGGAAGUAAUACAUUUUUGUCAGAUAUAAUGGAACACCUCCUCAUAAAGAUGUUGGCCUGAAGUUGUCCUUUCCCUAAAAAGUCAAGUAUGCUCAUGUCGCUGAACUCUUAAGUCAUUCUGGUGUAAAGGAAUGAAGAACACACUUCUCAAAAGUAGGAAAUGUAUAGUGAGAGUUAAACAUGUUAAAAAUACCUUCCAUACAGUGAUACUUUUUUUUUUAUUUAAACUAACUCCAGUCCAGAUUAGUGUUAAGUGGGGGAGAGACUGUCUUAAGUAGUAUCAGGCAUGAGGUACACUCAGAAAGAGCCAUUUUGAGAGGGCUAAUGGACUUGGUCAUUUGUAGUAGUACAAAUAAUAAAACAAAUAUUUCAGCAGAAUUAAUACAGUUUGGGGAAUUUCUUAUGUUAGAGCUAUUAAACACUCCAAGCAGGAAUAAAGCACUUCCAACGUUAUGCUUGCUAGAUAUCACACACCAUUCUUCCAAGUUUCUUUCAUGCUGAUACACAGUCAAUUCAAUGACAGGUGCUUUAAAGCCUUCCUGUUGCUCCUGAUUGAUUGUAUUUACAUGGUUUUCUUUUCACUAUAUGUUUAAACUUGCAAGCCCAACAAAUUGCUACUACCCAAAUGAUCAAUUGCAAAAUACUAGUAAAUAUUUACUUUCUCCAGUGCAUUUGUGAAAGGUCUCUCCCAGCAUCCAUUAACAUAAACUCAUAAAGCAUUCAGCCUUCUUUUGUACAGGUUAUACAUACAACCAUGGUGCAGAGCUGAGAAAGAUACUGUUCCAAAGUGGAUUCCUUGACAAAACUUGGCAAUAAUACAAAAGUUUCCCAAAAGUGUUCCUUGUAAUGCUUAGUUUUAUUUGAAUAAGAACAAAUUGCCACAUUUACCCCUAAAGAGAUACCAGCC